AAUCCCUAGUGGGGCGAAUCUCUUCAACUACACCUCAAACCUGUCCCUCAAGCAAUGUCAAAUUGCCGCCUCUCGACAAGAGUUUCCCUGCGAUGGCCGCCCGAGGCGGCUUUCGAGAACACAGACACCCUCGUCAUGUCGGUGGGAAACUGGUACGUUGACCUCCGAGUUGACCGCGCCACCGGCACGAUCGACUGGGCGAUAGCGGGGGAGCGGCUGCAAGACCAAGGUUCAAGUACGCGAUCUCCUCAAGCCUCCAGUCAGAUACAGUAGGCUGACACAGUAUGGCAGAUGAGGUUCUCUUCACCCACGAGCUCGACUCGCGAAACGCAUUCGGUGUGGCUGAUUGCGGUACCUUCUCACCCCUUCCAAACGGGGACGAUUUAGAGGUGGGCGUUAUGCCCCGGCCUGAUAUCCCUGGUGCGCCAACUAGGGAGUAUGAGGAGGUAUGGAGAGAGCUAUCUUUCCGUCAAGUAGAGGGACACUCGAGGUUGUUGGCAUUCGUUCUCGAAAGUGAGAUAGGCUCAAUGCAGCUGCAGGAGGGCGAGGAAAGAGAAGUAACCCGAACAUUUAUCGGUGCAAUUGGCGGGACCUAUAUCGCGCUUCGUCAGAGUCAAAUUCUUGUUCGACCUGCUGGGGAGACGAAGCCUGUAGUAAAGAGUGGUGGGGAGGUUAGUGCGAGGAGCGAGGAGUUUGUAUGGGGAAGGGGAUUUGAGAUCAAGUCUUUGUUGGGACCAGAGGGAGGAGAAUUGCCCUCUCGGAGCGACAUAGAACUCUCCUUGGACGCUUCUUCGGAGAGGCUGAUGGUUCGUGGACAGGAGUAUGCGGUGCGCUCGUUUGAGAAAUUGGAAAUGCCGACGGAUCAGUCCAUCAAUGGCCCCAGAGCCUAGCAUAGAAAUUCCAGGGCCUAGGGGCAUCUUCGAUGCCUCAACUGUUUAUUCAUUCCUCAAUGUCGUUGAGACGGCCCAGUUUGUGUUGGCAAAAACUAUUAAUGCAAAAAGCUGUCUAUGAGCUAGGAAUUCCCUCUACAUUUUGCAAUGUUAGAACAUAUAUAUUCGAAGAGUUCACAUGUAAGAAUCUUGCAACAUUCAGCGCAACACAACGAUAUAUCU